AUGACUGAAUCGGCACCGAAUGAAGCAAAUCCUGCGGAGUCACCAGUGACCGAGACGAAGCUCGAUCCCAAGGAUCUGGCAGCAGAAAAGUGCCCAUCAGCAGAGAAACUUCGCCAGAUCGAAGACUACACUGUGCUGGAUAAAGAGGGCAAUCGCGUCCUAGUGAUCUUUAUUCGUCACUUCUUUUGCGGGAGCUGCCAAGAGUUCGUUCGCGCCCUUGCAGGAUCGAUGAAGCCGGAAGACUUGCUUAAAUUGCCAGUCAGCACGUCCAUCGUCUUAGUAGGAUGCGGUGGCCCGGCUCUUAUUGAUCACUAUACCAAGGAAACGGGCUGCCCGUUCCCCAUCUACGCCGAUCCCACUAGAAAGCUCUACGCGGAUCUGGACUUGAUCACCUCGUACGCUCUGGGAGAGCGCCCAGAAUAUUUCCGCAUGGGCAUGGUGCGCCUCGUCGCGGACUCGCUGGCUCAAUCCCUUAGGCACGUUUCCAAUGGGCUCAUAACCAAGGCGGGUGAUUCCAGUCAAAAUGGCGGGGAAUUCUUAUUUGAGUCUACGGGCGAAGACGACAAGCAGGUUACGUGGUGCCACCGCAUGACCAACACGCGAGACCACUCGUCGAUUCCGGCAGUGGCACGCGUUCUUGACUCGGAGGGCAGCGUGCUGCAAAUGAAGAACUAG